GACCUGUUCUGGUGUUCCGCUCUGCCGAGUCGAUGAGAAAUAGCCGCCGGGUUCACAGUUCACUUGCAGUCGCAGUCGCAGUCGCAGUUGCUGGUUGCUUUGCUCCCCACAUUUGUCGACGGUCGCCGUCGCCGGUUCCUCGUGCAACGCACCGCGCUAACGAUGGCCGAGACGGUGGGCUUCGCGAGCGGCGACGCGGCGGCGUGGCGCGCAGCGCUGGCCGCGUACGACCGCCGUCUCGCGGCCCUAGACAAACCCGACCUCGUGGCCGUGGACUCCUUUUACCGCCACGACCUGCCCGCGCUCCUGCGCUGCCGUGACCCGGAUCCUUUCCUCGCCAAGCCCGAGCUGGUGCGCCUCCUCCAGUGGAAGCUCUCUCGCGGCAAGUGGAGACCGAGGCUGAUGGAUUUCGUCAAGGGCUUGGACGACGCCGUGGUGGAGUCGGCGUCGCGCAAGGCGUUCGCGGCUUUGCCCGACCUCAGAAGGGCCAUCACCGAGCUUACCGUGCUCAAGGGAGUCGGACCCGCCACUGCGUCCGCCGUGCUCGCUGCGUAUGCACCUGAUGUCGCACCGUUCAUGUCUGACGAGGAACUGAGCAUAGGAGAAGAAAGUUUCACACCCUCAGAUGUCGAGAGAGCACUGUGGAGCUCGGCAAUUGCGUCCAAGUCACCACCAAGCGGUAACCCAAAGAGGGAAUCAAAGAUGCAUGGCAAGAGGAAAAGAUGAUUUACACCGCGCUUCUUUAUUGAGGCUAAAAGGGUUUUAGUAGCUGCGGGUCUUAGAUUCUUAGUUGAACACUUGUUUUUGUAACCUGCGGAAUGGAAUCCUUUGGUGGAGUAUAAUUUGAAAUCCUUAGUUGACCAAAACACUUUAUUUCCUACAUGCCUACCAGUGACCCUCGCUACAUGAGCUCGGAUGCAUCGUGCAUGUGUAUUUCAAGACUAAUGCACCCGUUGUUGCUAUUGCUGAAAAUAUGUGCCGGUCUUUUUGAA